UCCAAGGCACGCGAUCCUCAUUCCGGGCAGCGCCUCUUGCGGAUAGCGUGAGAUCCGAGUCCUGGCCCUUUUCCCCUUUCAUGGUCCCUACGGGAGACUAUACUCUCGCCGGACUGUUGCGCCCACUCCCGACACCGAAGGAAGUAGGCGGUAUCCCACCGGUCCGCACAAACAAGGUUUUCGAUCACCUCGACUUUGUGUUACCUACCGUUCAUCUCUUUUCCCUCGGGAACUCAUCUAGUGCACGAUGGGGCCCGCCGGCCUCUGAGACAAGACAUUCCCAGAGUAAAUCAGCGAGGGGCUCUCGCACAAAGCUGACAAGGUCCCCAGCACUCUGGUUCUCGGGACUCUUGGCAACCUUGAGAGCUGCAUUAGAGAUGAUCUUUCGUCCACCGGAUUUGGGUUCUUUUUGGACGGAUCUAGUCGUCGAUCUCUGUGAGACACACGACGAACUCAACCAGAAGCUUCUGACAUUGGAGUCUCUUCGGCCUCUUUGGUGCCACAGUGCCUGCCGUGUGUACCGUGUUUGUGUCUUGGCAAAUCGCUAUGACCUACGUGUCUGUUGAUUGCACGAUACUGGGCGACCUUCUGUGAACAAUUGCAGAGGACAUUACAGAGACGCUAUUCAGAAGAGCUCUGAGUCACUGCAAGGCAUAAGCAGAAGGGGCUACUCUAAGUGUUGUUUGAAGAUCGCAGGG